AUGUGUGUCCUGUAUCGUUCCCAACUCCACGACAACUGUCUCCCUGACUUAAAUCAUUGCAAAAAUAUCCUGGGUGCUGACUGCCACCAGAACCUAACCACUUGCGAAUGUUUACCCGCAGCCGUAUAUUUUGAGCAUGAGCAUCAGCACCGUUGCAUCAAGUAUGCGGACACGCUCUACGAGUCGUGUGAACCCUUCACGGAACAAUGUUCCUUUAUUUUUGGCGCUUUUUGUUCCCCUAUGAACUCAACGUGCAUAUGUGAUGCAAGCGACUACUUCCAAAAUCCAGACUACCCAAAUUGUGCGCAAUAUUUAACAGAGCUGCAUGAAAGUUGCCUACCAAACACAAACCAAUGCAAGAAUAUCUUUGGGUCAGUAUGCGACGAAGUCUUAGCCACAUGCGAAUGCGAAAAAACUGAGUAUGUGGAGCAUCCAAAUAUUACGAUCUGUGUCCCAUACCGCUACCAACUACAUGACAAUUGUCUGCCCGACCUGAACCAUUGCAAAAACAUCCCUGGUUCCGACUGUCAUCAGGAACUAAAGACAUGCGAGUGUUUGCCUCCAAGGGUAUAUUUUGAACAUGAGACGGAAAACCGUUGCCUGAAGUAUGCGGACCGGCUGUAUGAGCUAUGUGAGCCAUUCACAGAACAAUGCGCCUACGUCUUUGGGGCUUUUUGUUCACCUGCGAACUCAUCGUGCAUUUGUGAUCCAGGCGAUUAUUUUCAAAAUCCAGAUUAUCCAAAUUGUGCUCAUUAUUUGUCAGAGCUACAUGAGAGCUGCCUCCCAUUUACCGAUCAAUGCAAGAAUAUAUUCGGCUCGGUUUGCGACGAAGUAUUGGCAACAUGCGAAUGCGAAGAAACUGUGUACGUGGAGCAUCCAAAUAUUACCAUUUGUGUUCCAUACCGUUACCAGCUCCAUGACAAUUGUCUUCCAGACCUGAACCAUUGCAAAAAUAUCCCCGGUUCCGACUGUCACCCAGACCUAAAUACAUGUGAAUGUCUCCCAGAAGAUACGUACUUUGAGCAAGUCUCCAGUCGGACAUGUUUGCGUUUUACUGAGACCUUAUACGACCCAUGUGUCCCGGGAACUAUCCAAUGUGAUAAGAUUCCGGGUAGCAUUUGCACAGAUAGUAAUUCCACCUGUAUCUGCGACCCACAAAUCUUCUUUCAGAACCCGACAGGACUAGAGUGCGUCCCUUAUAGAGCUAAUUUGCACGACACAUGUAUUCCUAACACGGAACAAUGUGUUAAACUUUUUGGAGCUACUUGUUCCCUUCUAUCAGAAACUUGCGAAUGCAGCCCAAUGGAUUAUGUAGAACAUCCAGAUCAACCGGUGUGUCUGCUAUUUUCUGACGUCCUCUACGCUCCUUGUCAACCAGGGAGUGAACAAUGCUCUAAAAUAACAGGAUCCAUCUGCAACGUCGCAAACUCGACCUGCAUCUGCGACUCAGAAACCUUCUUCCAGAAUCCAGACUCCUUAGACUGCGUCCCAUACACGGCUAAUUUGUUUGACCCAUGCAUUCCCAACACGCACCAAUGCAGUAAAAUUUUAGGCUCAGUUUGUUCCAUUUUGUCUAAAACCUGCGAAUGUAAUCCAGAGGAUUAUGUGUUACACCCAGAUCAACCGGUCUGUCUCCCGUAUGUCGAGUCGCUCUACGCCCCAUGUCAGCCAGAUAGUGAACAGUGCGGGAAAAUAAGAGGAUCGACCUGCCUUGCUGAAAACUUAACCUGCACCUGCAACUCGGAACAUUUUCAAGAUCCAGAAGCCUUGCGGUGUGUUCCCUUCCUGGAAAACCUGCACGAUCCCUGCAUCCCGAAUACCGAGCAAUGUAGAAACAUUUAUGGCGCAGAAUGCAACAGCACGACAUCUAGUUGUGAAUGCACAAUAGAUUUUUUCCUUUGGGAUUUUGAAUGUUUCUUAAAACCGACAGCGCUAUACGAGAACGACACAUGUUUUUCCACGGAACACUGCCACCUAGUGGAAGGAAGCGAAUGUGAGGAGCUACAAUGUACAUGUGGCGAAGGAUGGCUUCCUGCCGAGGAUUUGUCAAAAUGUUUAAAAGUCCCGGAGGACGUUUCUGACUCACCGUGCGAGUCCCAGAUUCAAUGUGACCACCUCAAUAACACAGAAUGCGACGGAGUUAAGUGUAGCUGCAUCGAGGACUACACCGAGAACCUGGCCAGUGAUGGCUGCUUGCAGAUUGUUUACAGGUUAAACGAGGAUUGCGAAGAAGAUAGCCAGUGUCUUGCAGGGAUUGGGAACGGAUCCAGCUGUACCGAAUCGAAAUCUUCCUGCCUCCCGGAGCUGGUUGAAGGUGAUGACGGAACGAAAUGUUUGCCGCCGACCAAUAUCGAUGGAGAAUCAUUGUUACUAAUGCAGAAUUAG